CAUCCUCCUCCUCUCCCUACCCUGACUAGCCUGUGUGUGUAUGUGUGUGUGGACAGUGACACGUAACUUUGUCCGUUUCGUUGACGUGACCAGGCAGGACACCUCCACCUGGGACAGGGAGAGCAGAGAGAGGACUUUUCUGACCCCCUGUUGCCGACCAAGAUCCGUUUUAUUCUGAACAUUUUGGCAGCAUGGAAGCGAGAGACGCGACUGCAGGUGCUCUUGUGGGCAGUGAUGGAGAGGAACAAACGGCAAAGAAGGAUGCGACUCCUAAGAAUGAUAAACCACAAAUCAAAAGCAAGAUGGAGACGAUCUUUGGGUUCAGGAAAGAGGACCUGUCCUCCUGGCGUAACCUGGUGGCCCUCUUGAAUCGUCCCACUGACCCUGCGUCGCUGGGCAUCUUUCGCUGCUUGUUUGGUUUGCUGAUGGCUAUCGAUGUCACACAGGAACGUGGCCUCAGUCACCUGGACUAUAAGUACCUGGAUGGUGCCCCUGUGUGCCGCUUUCCGCUCUUCAAUUUUCUAAAGCCACUGCCACUGGAUUGGAUGUACCUGGUGUAUGUGGUGAUGUUUCUCGGGGCCUUGGGCAUCAUGCUUGGCUGUUUCUACCGCCUCUCCUGCCUCAUGUUCAUCUCCACGUACUGGUACAUCUUCUUUCUGGACAAAACGGCUUGGAACAAUCACUCGUACCUCUAUGGCCUCAUCGGAUUUCAGUUCAUACUCAUGGAUGGCAACAGAUACUGGUCAAUCGAUGGAUUGCGGCGGCCUUCUAUAAGAAACGCUCAUGUGCCUCUGUGGAAUUACACUGUGUUGAGGACACAGAUAUUUAUUGUAUACUUCAUCGCUGGAAUCAAAAAGCUGGAUGCUGAUUGGGUGGAGGGAUACUCAAUGUCAUACUUGGCCCACCAUUGGCUAUUUGAUCCUUUCAAAGCGAUCCUUCCUGUGGAGUUAGUAAGCCUGCUGGUGGUGCAUGGAGGCGGUCUUGUUCUGGAUCUGACUGCUGGUUACCUGCUGUUUUUUGAUGUCACACGACCAUAUGGAUUUUUCUUUGUCUCCUACUUCCACUGUAUGAACUCUCAGCUCUUCAGCAUUGGGAUGUUUCCCUACACGAUGCUGGCCACCAGUCUUCUGUUCUUCUACCCUGACUGGCCAAGAAGAUUUUUUGCACGUUUCCCAGAAUUCCUCAGGGUUGUCCUGCCACUCACCUCAGUGGACCCUCAGCCCAGUACCUCCUGUGUUUACAGUGAGGUCUCUAGCACCAGCACCGAACGCCAGGAGACCCCGCCUAUCACCAGAGCUCCCAAACUGAGACUUAAGCACAAGCUGGGAGCCAUUUUUACAAUUCUCUACAUAAUUGAACAGUUCUUCAUGCCUUACUCCCACUUCAUCACACAGGGUUACAACAAUUGGACUAAUGGCUUGUACGGCUACUCGUGGGACAUGAUGGUUCACUCCCGCAGCCAUCAGCAUGUAAAGAUCACCUACAAAGAUGGGAAAACUGGAGAAAUUGGAUAUCUGAACCCAGGGGUGUUCGCACAAAGCCGCCGCUGGAAAGACCAUGGAGACAUGCUGAAACAGUACGCCACGUGCCUCAGUCAGUUCCUGCCUCGUUAUAACAUCUCUGAUCCUGAAAUCUACUUUGACAUCUGGGUGUCCAUCAAUGAACGCUUCCAGCAAAGGAUCUUUGAUCCCCGUGUGGACAUUGUGAAAGCUGUUUGGUCACCUUUCCGGCCCAACUCUUGGCUGAUGCCUCUGCUGGUGGACCUCUCACCUUGGAGGACCAAGUUCCAGGAGAUUGAGGGCACUUUGGACAAUCAGACCGAGAUCGUCUUUAUCGCUGAUUUCCCAGGUCUCCACUUAGAAAAUUUUGUUAGUGAAGAUCUGGGCAACACCAGCAUCCAUGUACUGCAGGGCAAAGUGAACAUUGAGGUGGUGGAGGAGAAAAAGAACUACACUCUUCAACCUGGUGAGCAGAUCAAGGUGCCUGCUGGGGCUUACCAUAAGGUGUACACAGUGUCUGAGGACCCGUCUUGCUACAUGUACAUCUACGUCAACACCACAGAAGCGGCACUACAGGAGAACUUCACCAAGCUGUUCGAACUCCAGGAGCGUGUUCGCAACGGGACAGAAACUGAGCCGCUUCCUCCUGAGCUGCAGCCUCUUAUUGCUGCAGAGGAUGCAGAGGUCAACGCCACGGACCCCAUUGUGCAGCUGUUCCUGAAGAGGCAGCGCCGCAUGAAGGAGGUGAAGAAACGCAGGGAGGCCGGUGUGCUGGAGCGACUGGAACGCUUUGCAGUGAAAAAGUACUAUACAAUACGGAGAGGAUUCUUGAUGGCAGCCAUUGCUAUGAGAAACCUUGCGGUGGGUCUUCCGCCUCUCGAACAGCUGACAAGAGAAGUUGCCUUCGCCAAUAUGAAAGCACCCCAGGCAGAUGGCAGCCAGGACGAAAGGCUGAAAGAUGAAGUUGGUCAUGGAGAACUUUAAAGCUGCUGUUGGGACCAAAGAUACUCUGGUUGACUGCCUGCAGGUGCUGGAUCACACACGCCUAACUGAUGUGUGUGUGUGUGUGUGUGUGUGACGAUACUACUUGACUUUUACUGCGGCAUUGCUGCCAAGAAAUCAACGGAUUUUUAACUUUGCACGCUUCUGAAAUAAUGUGCAUUUCAGAUUAAGGUUAGUAUUUUGCGAUGAUUCUGAAUAUGAAUUCACACAGAGGACAUGUUUCUGUUACAGCACACAAGAAUACCCCAUGUUAACAGACAGGCACUGCUUGGCUGUGCAAGAUUACCCAACUAAAAAUAACCUGAUCAAAGCUGAAGUCCUGACCAAAAAGAAAUAUCAAGACAGUUAAUGAAAAAUGCUCUACGAUAGAUGGAGUCUACAUUGAUCUGCUAUGAGAUCACGCUAAACUAUUACACUUAAAUUUGUUUUUUUGUUUUGGAUGAAAAUGCCCAAGGAACAAGGAUGUUACUGAACGGUUUUAAUUUUCCAGGGACAGAUUUCAGCAAACAUACUGACAUGAACAGGAUCAAGAUGAUUCCUCCUCCUGUUGGUAAUUAAUUCUAAUGUCAGUGGUUUUAACUGAAUCAUUUUCACAGGUUCAGUAGGAUACGUGGAGGUUUACUCUUGUUUUCCGGGAAUAUACUUCUCUGAACUUUUAUGCUAACCCUAUAAUGUGAGAAAAAGUGACUGACAGAAAUGCAAAAAAAACAAAACAAACAAAAAAAACUGUUACCUUGUCAGUUGACAGCCUUUUCUAUUCACUUUUCUAAUAAAGAACUUUUGGUGUCAAUAAAUUUCCUGUUAUCUGAAUUAAAAAAUCAAUCAGUGUGACAAAUGAA